AUGGAAAAGCGUCAGUCUUUUAAGUUCCCAGAGAAUUGGCUUCAGUUCUCCAAGCGACACGUUAUUGCCUUUACUGCAUUCGUUAUCCUUAUCUUCGUCGUACAACUUCUACCAAAUUUCGUGUCUUGGCCACCAUUGAUUAUCGGAGAGAUUAGUCUGCCCAGAUAUGAAAAAUUUCGGAGAUGCUCUGUAAAUACAUUUCUUGAGACCGGUUUGCCAUGGCUAGAAACUGCGUCACCUAUUGCACUCUCAGAAUUCGUCCAGCGGAGGGAUAAUCUAGCUGUCGCUCUUGAGAGUGAUGGAAUAGAUGCAUUUAUCGUUGAGCCAGGAUAUACAUUUCAAUAUUAUGCUAACGUUAGUCAAAAAGCCUGGGAAGUUUGGGAGCCUGAAGAGCGACCAUUUCUCAUGAUCAUUACACCUCAUUUUGAUACAAGUUUGAGGAGAGUUGUUGCAAAGACAUCAUUUCUGGCACCACAUUUUGAGGAAGGGAGGGUAAGAAUGCUCGGUAUGCCUUUCGAAGAGGAGCUGUACAUCGUUACUUGGGAGGAACACUGGGAUCCUUAUUUGACGCUUUUGAAAGAUUGGCAUACUGUCGUCGGUAAGAAAGAUGUAGGGUCUACUCAAGUGCCAAAGGUGAUGGUCGACGAAGAAAUGAGAGACUUCAUCCAGAGAGGCCUUGGCGAAAAUGGCUUCGAAGUGGUGGGACUUGCUGGCAGUGUGAAACGAGUGAAGCAAACAAAAACAGUUGGUGAAGUAAAUAUCCUCAGGGCUGUCAAUACAGGAACUGUUGAAGCAUUGCGAGCUAUGAGGAAGUGUAUGGUGCCGGGUUUGACUGAAAAUGAGGUCAUGUUUGGACUUGACAGUACAAUGCGAGCUGGUGGAAUGGAUCCAUUCUUUGAUAUCGUACUUUUUGAUGAGAAUGCUGCAAUGCCACAUGGUGGACCAAAUGGAAGUAAAGUUCUGGAAGAAGAGACCCUCGUGUUAAUUGAUGUUGGUUCACAUCUAUAUGGAUAUUCUUCAGACAUUUGCCGAACAUUCUUUCCACCUUUCUUUUCGAAACCGAAAGAUCUUUCGCUACUUUCACCAAUUGCCCAGCACAAAAUUACAAUUUGGGACGUAGUAUUCGAAGCACAAACCAAAGCACUAGAUGCAUUGAAACCGAAUUCAUCAUGCGCUUCUGUAGAUAUAGCGGCUCGAAAUGUUAUCGCUGAUGCCGGCUACGAGAAAGCAUUUACACAUCGCGUUGGUCAUGGAAUUGGUAUCAAGGCGCAUGAGAGUCCUUAUUUGAACAAGGGCAAUGUGGGAGAACUCCUAAAUGUAGGCAUGGCGUUCACAUUAGAGCCUGGAAUAUACCUAGAAGAGAAGUUUGGCGUGAGGCAUGAAGAUGUUUUUGUCGUGAGAGAGAAUGGUGAAGCAGAUAUUCUUACGGGUUCCAGGGCGAAAGACCCAUGGGAUCCAUGA